UGCCCCAUCAUUGGUGUCAGUGGGAGGAAUAGUGCCCCAUCAUUGGUGUCAGUGGGAGGAAUAGCGCCCCGUCAUUGGUGUCGGUGUGGGGGGAAUAGCGCCCCGUCAUUGGUGUCAGUGGGGGGAAUAGCGCCCCCCGUCAUUGGUGUCAGUGGGAGGAAUAGCGCCCCGUCAUUGGUGUCAGUGGGAGGAAUAGCACCCCGUCAUUGGUGUCAGUGGGAGGAAUAG